CGCUGCCGCGCAUGCCCGCAGCGGGACGCAGGCGCGUGACGCGCCGUCUGCGCGCCGUCUGUCCCCGGUCCCAUAUGGAGGAUGAAGACUGCCCCGAGCUGGUGCCGAUAGACCUCGGCGUCGUGCACGACAGCGAGCCUGGCUCCGGCAGGAAGAUCCCCGUGACCAUCAUCACGGGCUACCUAGGUGCUGGGAAAACAACGCUUCUGAAUUACAUUCUGACUGAGCAGCACAGUAAGAGAAUCGCAGUGAUACUGAAUGAGUUUGGAGAAGGGAGUGCACUGGAGAAAUCCUUGGCAAUUAGUCAGGGAGGAGAACUCUAUGAAGAAUGGCUGGAGCUAAGGAAUGGCUGUUUGUGCUGUUCAGUAAAGGACAAUGGUGUGAAGGCUAUUGAGAACCUCAUGCAAAAGAGAGGAAAAUUUGACUAUAUUUUGUUAGAAACAACUGGUUUGGCAGAUCCAGGAGCUGUGGCCUCCGUGUUCUGGGUUGAUUCUGAGCUGGGAAGCGACAUAUAUCUUGAUGGCAUUGUAUCUGUUGUUGAUGCAAAGCAUGGAUUGCAGCACUUGACAGAGGAGAAGCCAGAAGGCCUUGUCAACGAAGCGUCACGGCAGGUUGCAUUAGCUGAUCUUAUAAUCAUCAAUAAAACAGAUUUGGUUUCGGGGGAAGAAUUGAAUAAAGUCAGAACCUCUGUCAGGUCAAUAAAUGGACUCGUCAAAAUUUUGGAGACACAAAGGUCAAGAGUUGAUCUUUCCAAUGUGCUGGACCUGCAUGCUUUUGAUAGUCUAUCUGGAAUAAGCUUGCAGAAAAAAAUUGAGAAUAUGAAGACAACACAUGCACAUCUAGAUAAGGGUAUAAUGACAGUAACAUUUGAAGUCCUAGGAAAUAUUAAGGAAGAAAACCUCAAUCUCUUUAUACAGAAUCUUCUGUGGGAAAAGAAUGUGAAAGAUAAGACUGGACGUACCAUGGAUGUCAUAAGACUGAAGGGACUCGUAUCUAUUCAAGGCAAAUCUCAUCAAGUGAUAGUCCAAGGUGUCCAUGAGCUCUAUGAUGUGGAAGAGACUGCAGUAACAUGGAAGGAAGAUGAAAAAAGAACAAAUAGACUCGUUUUAAUUGGUAGAAACUUGGAUAAGGAGAUCAUCAAAGAAGUAUUCAUAGAAACUGUGACAGAGAAGCAUGAAAACAGUUGACAUUGGACUACAAACAAGAUUAAAAGUCUUGUGCUUAACUCUGCAAGCUUUUUAUGACAAGAAGGACUGAAUGACACACAGUGUAGUAGUCCCUUUUUCCUCUUCCAACCUACUGGACAGUUAAACUCUCAAGCCCUGCUAAGAAUCCCAGCUCACCUUUGUUAAAAGAAUAGCUCUUAUGGUCUAGUAUCAAACACAAAAAAAAUUCUAGAAUUUUGAGUUAGGCUUAAUUUAUGCUGGUGAAUUCAUUAAGCUUUGCAGAAGUGCAGAUAGGGAGAAGACUUGUUUCUUUUGUAUGUGAAAAAAGGCCAUAAACUGCAGUAGGUGUAUGUGGUAAAGAUGUUGAAAAACUAGUGCUUUUUUGCUGUAAUGCUCUUUUAAUAAUAAAUUAGUAUUGAUUUUUGCCAGUCAUGUAA